UUCUCUCUUAUUCUUCUAUUUCUUCUCCCUUUUCGAUCUCUUUGAAAUCCAAGAAUGGCUAUUGUUCAAAAUAAAAUAGUAAUGUUGGUCAUCACCAUCAUGCUCGGGACUUUCAUGCUCGGGACUUUGGCAAUUACAUCAGACCAAGUACUACCAUCUGAAAAAUACAAGAAAUCCACGAUCAAUAUUACGCAAAAGUUUGAAGAGUGGAUGGUCGAGCAUAAUCGUUUCUACUCCAAUAAUUCAGAAAAGGAGAAGCGUUACGAAAUAUUCAAGAAAAACUACGAGCGAAUGCGAGCCAAGUAUAAUAAUACUGAACCUGAGCUGAACAUAUUUGGUGAUAAAACCGAGGAUGAACUCCCCAAAGGUGGCAUGAAAAUACCGAAGAUUCCUUACUGUUCUUUGUUUCAUUAUUUUGUUCCUGAAUACAAAAUUUCGGUAUAUGAAGGAGCUGUAAGAAUUAGACGGCAACAUGGCGGGCAGAUGCUUUAUGUGGAUAAGCCAUAUGAAGAUGACACAGACGGGACUGAGGAAGAUGACAUAGACUUCUGGUUAGUGAAGAAUUCUUGGGGCACGACCUGCGGUAGAAAAGGUGGAUACUUCCGAAUUAAAAGAAAUGUGGAUAAGCCAGGUGGUUUUAUGUAACAUUGGCCUUCCUUCCCGUUCAUC